AUGCUGAAUUUGCUGAAACCUAAAGCUAUUUUUGCUGAACUUAAGUUGAACUAUCGAACUAUUCAAAUUUUUGAAAAAGGGUGGCAGUCAAAAAGCUUGCUUGUGCAUCGGUUGCGAGCUGAAUUAGAAGCUCGACGUUUCGAUAGUCGCCAUAUCUCAGCGGUCGACAUUGCCAUAGAAACGGGUACUAAGCGGAUACUCAUAACGCCACCUGAACCGCUUUCGAUUAUCAUCACUUCUGGACAUGGAAGACGUUACGUAAGAAUAUACACCUUUUUGACUGACCUUACUCGAGCCGCUUUUGCACUAAAUGGCGUAGAACGCAGAGUGCACAGUGUGAGCCCAGAAUGCAGUCGCCAGCUGUUUUAUUGCUGUUCUUCUAUGCUGCGAGUGAUUACAGGAGCUAGAGAUCAUAUGAUCGCAGAGCUGGAUUCUGUCUGGCAAGAAUUUCUGAGCGUUAACACCAUCGAUCACGCCAUAAAUGCCCACAGACGAGCUAUGAAGAGCAUGAUGCAACGGACUUUACUUGAUGUGAGCAACCUAACCACAGGCAGAACUGUGGAAGUGAUGUGUGAGAGUUGCGUGCGAUUUGCGCAGGCUAUGAAUGCUGGUGAUGAAUCGAGUGCCUUUAUUCAUUAUCGCCUAUUCGAUGAGCAUGCUCAGCUAUUACGAGAGAAGCUAAGCGUCGAAAGAUCGAACAUUUACGCUCGCACGCUGCUUUGGCGAAUAGGUAACGAUGGAGAGUUUUUCGAAACCGAAGAAGAAGACGCAUUUCUGGAUUACUCGAAUCAGCUUCCUUCCAAAGCAUCUACUUUCCGAUCAUUGCGCGAAUUGUCGAAGAGUGCAUCUCAGCUCAUAUAUUAA